UCAUCCACUACGGCAAUCAUGUCAUCAACAUUAAAGCGCAAGCCUUCUCCCUCUGAAGAUGGAUCACUGGCCGAAUCAUCUAAACGUCGCUUCACCGAAACCACCACCGACGAUACCGCACCAUCACAAGACAACGACAUGACCUCGACAGCCGCCUCCUCAGCAGCGCCCACACCAACAUCAGCCGCGGACUCAACGACAAGUACAUCUCAAGCCGAUCGUCUGGCCCGCUUCGCAGCCUUGCGCAGCAGAAACAAGUCCUCACGCGACGACAAUCGCAAAGCCACAACGCUAGAAGUUUCACGCGCCUCGGCCGAUCCUGGUGCCCUUGCCUCACUCUCACGCCGCAAAGAACGCGCUUCUGAGAAACUGUUACAUGCGCAAACGCUCGAGGAUGGUGAAGACUGGGACCGCAAACGCGCUUGGGACUGGACAGCCGAAGAGUCUGCUGCAUGGGACAAGAAGCAAGCGAAGAAAAAGGCACACCGCGACAACGUCGCAUUCCAAGAUUUCAGCCAGAAUGCCAACAAAAUUUACAAACGUCAAGUGAGAGAGAUGAACCCAGAUGUCUCAAACUACGAAGCAGAAAAGAUGGCUGCGGUGGAAAGAGCUGCUCAAUCAGGAGGUUUGGAAAUUGUAGAGACGGAAGAUGGAGAGUUGAUUGCUGUGGACAAGGAUGGCAGUUUCUACAGCACAAAAGAUUCGACUGAUUUUGUGGGGAACAAGCCGAGUAAAGAGAAGAUUGACAAGUUGGUUGGUGAGAUACAAAAGGCCGAAGAGGUCAGAUUGAAANAGAGGAAGGACAGGAUGGGCAAGGAAGAAGAUGGCGAUGUUACGUACAUCAAUGACAAGAACAAGCAGUUCAACCAAAAAUUGGCAAGGUUCUACAACAAGUAUACUUCAGAGAUCAGAGACAACUUCGAGAGAGGUACUGCUAUUUAA